UGCGCCGUGCAUGGGCGCCGGAAGGCUGCGCGCCUGCUUGGUUCUCCGCCUCCCGGCUCUUGAGUGCUUCUUCGCCGUCGCGCCUUGCAGCUUUCGCCCGGGCUGGGCGCGUGCAGGAGGAGAAGGAGAAGAGCUGCCGCCGCCGCCGCCGCCUCGGCUCUUUGCGCAGAUACAUUGUGUGUUUGACGCAAUUUACAACACUUCCUCCCCAACGCGAACAUUGGCAGGAAGCAUAGGUUUUUCUGGAGUCGACAUCCAUUCAUGUGCUUAGAAGCAUGACAGAGGUGAUGAACACACGCGAACCCGUGAUGGAGGAAUUUACCUUGAGCCAGCCCGAGGAAGAAGGAGGCACCACCAGCCAGGCUUUUCCAGAUGCACAUGAAAAGUAUCCUAAGUUGUCGAAAAGAUUGCCAUCCAUUGUGGUAGAGCCAUCCGAGACGGGAGAUGUUGAAAGUGGAGAGCUUCGUUGGCCACCAGAUGAUCUGAAAUCGUUGGAGGAUAAGAAGGCGCUGGCUGCUCAGAGAGUCUGUGCUCAACAGCAGCAAAUGGAUCUUGAAAGUGCCCUGCCACAUCAAGAUAUGGGAGAGAGUACAGCAUCCACCGAAACCAGAACUGAAGACGACGACUAAGGAACUUUGUUGGACGGCCGGAGUUUCGAGCUUUAGAAAGCUAGCACAUUCCGAAGACGUGUCAAAGCGAAUCUAUUUUAAAAACGCGAAAGGUUUUCCCUUUAUUUGCAUUAUCAAGUUAGAACAUGACGAGGAAUUCACGGGCUUUAGAACUGUUCCUUUCAAACGUUUACCUUUACAGGCUGGGAUUCAUACCGUUUAAAUUUCCUCUGGGGGAAAACGGAGCACAUUAGGAAAUACAUUCCAGUUCCUAUUACGAAAGCCACAAAGGAAAUAAAUUAGUGCACGCAGAGACUAGACAAGAACACACUCAAUUAGUUACAAUUAGCACUUUUAAAUGGAACUGCCUUAUUAAAGGUAAGGCUACCUUUUUGGUAGCAAUACAAAGGGUUAGCUUUGCUAUCGUACACCUUAAAUCUAUUCAACCUCUCUUGUUUUAGCCAUUUAAAAACUAGCACUGUGAUAUUAUGGAUAAUAGAUGUAAUAUAAUGUCACCAUCUGACUUUGUACCUUUUUUUGUAUAGAGACACGAGUUUAACUUUUGAAUCAAGGCUAUAUGGAAAUUUAGGACUGCCUUUUAGUGGUGUAGAACUAUAUUUAGCCCUUAGCCCUCUCUCUUCUUUUUUGUGUGCAAAUUCAAAUGAAACCAGCCUUUUAUUAAUACUCAGUGUGUAUUUUAAAGACAAUGGGCCAAAGUUUGAAGAGCUCUUUAUUGACGUGCAUUUCUUGGAUGAAAAUAGCUAUUCAUCAGUGUUUGUGAAUUGAGACAGUUCUGUGUAACUUUGAUUGGCUGGGCAUUGCUUAUAUUUGUGUACAUGAUCUGUGUUCCAAAUUCCACCCUGUUAUAACUGGCCGCUGUCUCAAAAAAGGCAGCGGGUGGGUGGGGCAGGGAGAUUUCUGCUCUUUACAUCAAGGCUGAAUUUGCUCUGAGUUGUUAAUAAGAAAUAUUGUUGCUAUUUUUAUGGAUCCUGCCGAUUUUUUUUUACAUAUAGUUUUGGCUUUGAAGAUUGGGCAGAAAGGGCCUGUCUGGAACAGAUACGGGGUGCAUCUUUUACUUAAUUAAUAUUGCCCCUCACACCAUAAUGUCUUAUUUUGACUAUUUAGCCUACCAAGGUUUUUUAUGUAGGGGUUGUAGAUAUUUGAGGCACAAGCAGAUGUGGUAAAUAGAGCCACAAAAUGCUCAAUGGCCUUAUCUACAUUAUAGGUUUAAACUGGCACAGUGGUCAUUGCCUCUCUGCAAGGAAUCCUGGAGUUUUGUAUAGUUUUGUGAGUGAGGACACAUCACUGUCAGUGGUCUCACCAGACUACAAUUCACAGGAUUCACUGGGGAAAGCCAUGGCAGUUCAACUGGUAUAAAGCCAAUAGAGCAGCCUUCCUCAACCUGGGGCGCU